GCGCCGCGUCCGCGCCCGCUCCGCGGCCCCGGGGGCUCCAUGCGGCGGCCGCCGGCAUGCCCGGCAUGCCCAGCCUGCUGCCGCCGCUGCUCGCCCUGCUCUGCCUGGGGGCGCGGGGGGCCGACCGCGACCGCGACCCCGAGCGCGACCCCGAGCCCGACGAGCCGUGGUGCCCCUACAAGGUGGGCGCGGAUGGCGCGGAGAGCGGGGGGCGGCUGUGCUUCCGCCCGCCGGCCCGCGGCUUCCAGUGCGCGGCCCGCGGGUGCCGCGCCCACCGCUCCGCGGGCGGCGCGCUGGUGGCCAACGUGCUGCGGAACGGCAGCGUGCUGCUGCAGUGGGGGCUGCGGCACUGGGGGCCGCCUCGCCCGCCCGCCGCCGCCGCCCUGCGCGGCUUCGCGCUCAACUGCUCCUGGGACGGCACCUACACGCGCUUCCCCUGCGACAGCGUGGAGCUGGGCGCCGCAUGCCGCGACUACCUGCUGCCCGAGGCGCACGGCAGCGUGCGGUACCGCCUGUGCCUGCGCCCCCGCUACGCCCCGCCGCGCCCCGCGCCGCCCGCGCAGUGCGUGGAGUUCCGCGUGGAGCCCGCGGCCAUGCGGGACAUCGUCGUGGCCAUGACGGCCGUGGGGGGAUCUAUCUGCGUGAUGCUCGUCUUCAUCUGCCUGCUCGUGGCCUACAUCACCGAGAACCUCAUGAGCCCCGCGCUGGCCCGCGCCGCCGCCGCGGCUCCGCGCCGCGCGUAACGGGGGAUGCUGCGACUUCGCCCCCCCCGAGGCUCCUGGUUCUCCCGCGUUCCGGCAAGGGAAGAGGUUUUCCAGGCUCUUCUCGCAGCCGUUCCCAAACUUCCAGGAUUAGGGGUUCACCACGCCCGCCGCCGUCCUUCCAGCGCGUUCCGGAGAGGGAAGAGGUUUUUCCAGACUGUUCUCGCAGCUGUGGGUUUGCCACUCCUAAACUUCGAGGAUUUGGGUUUCCCUCGGUGCUUGGAGCUCUUCUUCCUCCUGGGCUGGCUUUUCAGCCAGAGCUGUGCGUGGUUACUGAGCUCAUGGGAUCUCAGCGGAUUAAAAAACAAUGGCAGAGGUCCACAAGUGCCAGAAAUUGUCUGUUUUUAAGGGCAAGCGGCAGAUCUUACAAGGGCCUGUUUGAGAAGACUCUCCAGAAACCCCUUAUUUUAAACCUAUACCUAAACCCUCCUGCUCUUAGACCUGUGCUAGAUUUUUUUCCUGUGGGCAAAAGUUGUUUGAAGUUCAGGAGAACAGACGGCUGGAACCAGAAACCCCGUAACUAAGCGUGUGUUUGGUCCAAGGCCCACUUAAAUCUCAUGGCUUAAGUGGGUUUUGUAUCCCACCUUACUCUGGUCACAAAUUUUGGGGGCCUGCCCAAAGCAAUGGGGGUUUCUGGUCAGCUCGAGCGAGCAUCAACAUCUGACACCCGCUCUUCUCCCAUUAGAACUGUCAUCUUGGUAGUUCCACAAAGAGCGAUGGCAAAGGGACAAAUUGAGUAUGAAAACUCCAUUUUGUCGAGCAAGUAUGAAGCAAUCCUUAAUUAUAAAAUAAGUACAGUGUAAGUGAGCACCGUCCCUCCCUCUGAAAUCCCUUCUCUUAGCAAUGCUGUGUGCAGCUACACUAAGGUAGACGCUUCUUGAACACAGAACUCACUAAUGUAGCCAAGCGUUUUGAGCGUAGGAACACUCCUCAUUAACUACUCACUCGAUGCUGUAGUAAGUAAGGUUUUAGCCAUACUCUAGUAUUACUUCUAUUGUGCCUUAGUGCUAAGAAUUUGUCCCAUUUUAUUGGUAUACCUUUUCCUGUAGUCCUCAUAGACAAGUGUAUCUCCCUCGUGUUCUUGUCUCCGAAACUGGUGGUUGUUGGUCUUGUCUGUUUGGUUGUUUGUUUUCUUAAGAAGAAACAAACUUGGGCUGAUCAUUACUUGAACUUUACUAUAGCUACACAAAAUAGUUACCGUCAGGUAUUUAUUUAGUGAGCUAGUUUUUAGUUUGUGUUGUUUGUACGUAGUUGACUGCUGUAACACAGAAUUAAUUUAUAUCACUUAGAAACUGAGCACCUAAAGCAAAAAAAAGUAGGGGAACGACUUUUCUGUAAAGGGGUGUUGCUGUUAAAACACGUCAGGUUCAUAUGUGAUCUGUUUGUGUAAAUGUUUAGCACCUGUUUCCUUUUCUAUGUGAAAGUUUGUGAAGUAUCAACUUGGUAGUAGAGGGUAAGUAUAGACAGUGUAUGGAAUCCUUAAUAAUACACAGUAUUUGUACUGAUCAUAAUCCCUUCAAUAACUUGGGAGUGGCUGAGAAACUGAAGGUCUGUAUUUCAUCAGGCAGAAACACUUUUUAUUUGUUUGUUAUUCUUGCUUUGUUUUCUUUCUCACAUGCAGCUGACUCAGUUUAAGUGUUCUCUGUUAUUUACCUUGCCUGUAUACUUGAUUUUAGCAGCCUGGCCAAGAAAAGGCCAAUCAGUUUUUAAGAGCAUUGAGACAAAUUUUGGUCAAAGGUCUUUUAAAGGUUUCAGGUCAGCCUUUCCUGUAGCCAGUUCUGCACAGGCCCAUGAGAGUGCCACUGAUUUUGUACAUCUCUGUCAGCUUCUGUCAACCAGUGUUACUGUUUUGUUCUUCAUCUUGUCACGAAUUGCCAGAUGUGAAAAUCAAACUGUAGGAACAAUGAGCCUUGUACCACCUUGGCAUUGAACUUAAUAAAUUAAGAGAAUAAUGAAAAGAAA